AUAUGGAGAAGCAAUUAAUAGCUUUAUUAACAGUAACACUGUUGACAUCAGCAGCCUAUUAUAUGAAUGGUAAAGACGAGAGUCUAACAUUGGAAGGAUAAUUUAAGACUUGGAAAUAAUAAUUUGGAAAGACUUACAAUGGAUAUGAAGAAGUACAUAGAUUCUCAAUAUUUGCAUAAAAUUUGGCCAUAGUAAUGGAACACAAUUCAAAAUUUGAACUUGGAUAAGAAACAUUCACAUUAGGAAUGAAUUAAUUUGCUGAUCUUACAGAAGAAGAAUUCUCAGCAAUAUACCUUACAUUAAAAGGAAAAGUAAAAGAGAGAAAGAAUGUUAAGAAAUAUUCUGGAUUAAGUUAUCCAGAUACAGUAGAUUGGAAAUAAGGUUUGACAGUAAAGAAUUAAGGAAAUUGUGGUUCUUGUUGGGCAUUUUCAGCUGCUGCUGCCAUAGAAGCUGGAUUUACACAUAAAAAGAAAGAGAAAGUAAAUAUCUCAGAAUAAGAAUUUGUUGAUUGCACAACAGAAAAAUUAGGAUAUGAAAGUGCAGGAUGUAAUGGUGGUUGGAUGAAUGAUGCUUUUGAUUAUACAGUAAAUUAUGGUGUAGCUACAGAAGAAGAAUAUCCAUAUAAAGCAGUUGAUUAAGCUUGUAAAACUGGAUUGAAAAAGAAGUAUUAUAUAGAUUCAUUUGUUGAUGUUGAAUCAUCUAAUUUUGAUGCACUUCAUGAAGCCAUUGCUAAUACCUCAGUUUCGUAAUAUAUUAUUUUAUAUUUUUAGUGUUGCAAUUAAAGCCAGUGGUAUAUGGUUCUAACUCUAUAGUAGUGGUAUCUUUUCUAGAACUUGUACUGCUAAAGUAGUUGAUGAUUUAGAUCAUGGUGUUUUAGCUGUUGGUUAUGCUAAAGAUUCUUAUACUAUUAAGAAUUCUUGGGGAGCUAGUUGGGGUGAAAAUGGAUAUAUGAGAUUAGCAUUAAUUGCUGCUAAAGAAGGAUAAUGUGGUAUUCAAAUAGUACCAUCAUAUCCAGUCUUUUGACAUUAUCAUAAUAAAUAAUAAACACUCAAA